AUGAUGGCCUCCGCCUCGACCUCCGGAGGCAGCGCGCGUCCGUGGCGCACCGCGCUGCUCACCCUCCGCGACGAGUCCCUCGCCUCGUCCUCGCCCACGGCCCUCCUCGAGCUCCUCCGCCGCGUCCUCCUCUCCCCGGCCACGCCCUCGCUCGCCACGUCCGCCGCCGCGCUCUCCCCUCACGAGGUGGGCUCGGAUGUGGCGUUCCUCGCUGACACGGCCGCGGCGGUGGCGUCUUGCCCCGGCGCCGACGACGCGCUGCGCAGUGUCUGCCACCUGAUUUAUGAUGUCAUGUGCAAAACAAAUAUGGAGAUUGACUCUUCUGGUUGUCUUGCAAUGUUGAACAAAUGCCACUGGCAUUUCUUCCCUAAUUCUGGAUCUGUGAAUAGUAAAAAUUCCAAUAUUUGGGAUAUGAAGAUAUCUGCAUUUUCCAUGGUGGAAGAUAUACUGAGUAAGGUUGCAUCAAAUAUGACAGAAAAUCUGUGGCAGUCUGUCAUUGAGGUCUUGAGGAAAGUUAUGGAUUUUGUCACAGCAAGGAAUCUUGUUAUAGAGAGUAGCGUCAUGUCAAGAUUUUAUACUUCCUUUCUUCGUUGUCUACAUUUGGUUCUUGCGGAUCCCAAAGGACCACUUUUAGGGCAUGUUGCAGGGUUUGUGGCAAAUCUGCAAAUAUUUUUCAUAUAUGGGCUGAGGUCAUCUUCACCUCCUACACUAGCUCCAAAAGAAACUAGAACAGAUUCAAAACCCAGAGCUUCACAUGGACGAUAUAGACCACCUCAUUUGAGGAACAAGGAUGGAGGAGAGAAUGAUUCACUGGAAGGUCGAAAUUCAGAUAGUGAAUAUUCUCGGUAUGAUAUAAGCUCAUCAGACUCAGACCUGAGUGAUAGUGAUGGUUAUGCAAAAAGUGGAGACCGCUUCCGGAGUUCAAAGGCUAGAUUAGCUGCCAUCCUUUGUGUACAGGAUAUCUGCCGUGCUGAUCCAAAGUUACUUACUUCACAAUGGCCAGUACUUUUGCCUGAGAAUGAUGUUCUCCAACAAAGGAAAUAUCAAGCAACUCUGAUGACAUGCUUGCUUUUUGAUCCUAUAACAAAGGUACGUGUUGAGGCAGCAUCAACCAUUGCUUCCAUGCUGGAAGGGCAAGCAUUAGUUUUGAUACAAGUUGCAGAGUACAAGGAGUCGUCCAAGCGUGGAUCUUUCACCACAUUAUCUUCCUCACUUGGUCAAAUAUUGAUGCAACUGCAUACAGGAGCACUAUACUUGAUACAGCGUGAAACUCAAGCUACUUUGCUUGCGGCAUUGUUCAGAUUUCUCAUUCUUUUGAUAUCUGCUACACCGUACACUCGGAUGCCAAAGGAGUUGUUGCCAACAAUCAUUAAAGUAUUGUGCAGUAGAAUACUGGACAAGCACUCAAACAAUACUGAACAUUAUGCCUUGCUGGUGCUGAGAUCAGCGGUUCACAACUACCCAAGCUGUGCAAACAUGAUUUGGGAAAAACUUCGAGACAACGUUCUUAAUUUGUUGCAAAUACAAAGCUUUGAAGACCAAAAGUAUGAUGCUAACUUUGGGCCCUCUGGACCCAAAGAAGAAUCAUCAAUCAAGGAAAGAUGUCUUGUGGCUGGAAUAAAGGUAAUGGAUGAAUGUCUGCGUGUUUCAUCUGGAUUCAAAGGAGCAGAUGACAUCAAAGAAUGCAGAUUGCUGGAUAUUCAGCAAAUUUCUGACUGUACCAUAAAUAAAACUAUUAAGUCUGCACCUCACUUUGAAAUGGAAGCUGCUGGAUCAUCACAGAAUUGCUCUUUGGACAUAACACUUGGAACUAGCCGUUGGAUCGAGGUGAUAGAGACUCAUCUCCCUCAGGGAUUAUCCCAUGGCUCUGCUAUGGUCAGGACAGCAUCCCUCACAUGCUUUGCUGGCAUGACUUCUGAUGUAUUCUUCUCCCUGCUAGAAAAUAAAAGAGACUAUGUGACCUCCUCAUCUGUUCAUGCGGCAUUAAAUGAUAUGGUUCCUAGUGUAAGAUCAGCUGCGUGUCGAGCUAUUGGCAUUGUUGCAUGUUUUCCUCAGAUAUUGUCAAGCUCUAGCCUACCAGGCAAGUUCAUAGAUGCCAUUGAGUUCAAUACACAUAAUUCAUCAACUCCAGUUCGUGUCACUGCUGCAUGGGCUUUGGCAAAUCUCUGUUCUUGUAUUCGUUUUAGAGCAUUGGAAGUGCAUACAGAUCCCUAUGCAGGUGUACUGAACAAAUCAAGCAUAUCUCUUUUGGUUGAAGUUGCUUUGCGUCUGGCCAAAGAUAGUGAAAAAGUAAAAUCAAACGCUGUUAGAGCUCUUGGUUAUCUUUCAAGAUUUAUCAGAUUCAAUUACCAGGCUGCCACAAUAAAUGACCCAAGUAACAGUGAUUCAGUUUUUUAUGGAGAUCCGGUGUGGCUCGAAAGAAUGGUGCAGGCUUUGGUGUCUUGUGUGACAACUGGGAAUGUAAAGGUCCAAUGGAAUGUUUGCCAUGCCCUUAGCAACUUGUUCAUGAAUGAUACCUUGAGACUUCAAGACAUGCCUUGGGCAUCUAGUGUUUAUAGCAUACUUCUACUUCUAAUCCGUGACUCCAACAAUUAUAAGAUAAAGAUGCAUGCAGCUGUUGCUCUAGCAGUUCCAGUGUCAAGGCUUGAUUACGGUAGCUCAUUUCCAGAUGUUGUUCGAGGCCUUGUGCAUGCUCUCGAGUCAUUGAAUUCAAACAAUUCAUCAUUACCUUCAAAUUUCAAACAGAAAGACAACCUUGAGAAGCAGCUUGCAUUUACUGCUCUUCAUUUGCUUAGUUUUGUGUCACCAAAUGAUGAUCCAAGCCUGAAAGAUUUUCUUACAAAGAAAGCGUCGUUUCUAGAAGACUGGCUGAAAUCAUUAUGCACAUCAUUCAAUAAUGAGCACCAGCCCUUGCCAACGGAGGCCAUAAAUGAUGAGGAUGGUUUCAGCCCAAACGUGACUCAGAAAGUUAUGCUCUCCUCUGCCCUGCAGUCCUUGCUUGGCAUAUACACGGGCAGAAACCAGCAAGUCAUUACCCAGAGAUUUGAGCAACUAGCUAGAAGCAUCGCGUGA